AUGUCUUCCAGUGACAACAGCCAUGUCGGUAGAACCCUCCAGGACUUCCAGGGUUGGGAAUCCAUGUACCAGUCUGCCUUGCGACAAAUGGACGAGACUGGCACUGACUAUGCCAUUGGUUUUAUGCCCGACCCUCGGCCUGGCGUCGACGAUGAUGUUCUGAUGAUCGUGAUUUACCGCGGAGGUUUCUAUCGUACCUUCGAACCCCUUGACAACGUCAAUGAGAAUACCGGAAACUAG